UGGAAUACUAUUCACGUUCAUAUCUGAGUGAGUUAAAACUGGCCAUCAUCAUGCAAACCUUCUUUAGAAGCUCUUCAGUGUGUUAAAUUCUAAACUGGGAUCUAAACAGAGAAGACAAACGGAACGUGAGGGAAGAGGGAGCUGUAUAUGAGGAGGUUCAGUGCAUCAUUUUUUCAUUCCCUGAACCCCAAAACACUCCAGGAUUGACAAUGAGACCAGACGUGGAGACUGAUCCUGGGUCAGCUCCACUGGAGAUGGGAGACAAAGGAGUUCUGAAGGUGCUUGCAUUACAUGUUUCAGGCCUGACACAGAUCUUGGCUCAUGUGAUUGCUGAAGUGAGGGGCUCUGUCAAUAAAGAUAUAAAUGGAGCUGAACUGUUGUACAGUCUUCUCAAUGCCCCCUGGUUGCAGUCCCUACUAAAGUUGUAUGAAUGUCUACAGAGGCACCUAAAGAGUCCAGCUAGACCGUAUCUUUCCUAUUCGUCUGGACUCUCUCUACAGAUUCUGUCUGAUUUGCUAGCAGUCCAAAACCCCUCAAAUGAAGCUCGAGAACUGUAUGCCCUCCUUGGUCAUCCCCACCUACAGGCUCUUCUCUCGGCUCAUGACACAGUAAGUUUGAGGGACUAUGAGCCAGAUCUGCCACCGCUGCCUAAAGACCUGCCUGAAGACGAGGAAGCCAUGAGGAUUGUUUGCUUGGUCAAAAACAAUCAACCUCUGGGAGCAACAAUCAGGAGAGAUGAUGUGACAGGAGAAAUAUACAUUGCUCGUGUUAUACAUGGAGGACUGGCUGACCGCAGUGGUCUCUUGCAUGCUGGAGACAGGCUGGUGGAGGUAAACGGCCAUCCUGUAUUUGGAUUGGAACCAGAACAGAUUAUACAAAUUCUGGCUCACUCCCAUGGAACCAUAAUGUUUAAGGUGGUUCCCAUCACUGACAGGCCAGUCAACAACCAAACCAUGCUGUAUGUGCGUGCCAUGGUGGACUACAAUCCCCACAUGGACCCUUCCAUUCCCUGCGCAGAUGCCGGCAUGGCAUUCAGGAAGGGAGAUAUCCUGGAGAUUGUGGAUCAGUCAGACACUCUCUGGUGGCAGGCUGUAAAACUACCCAGUAUCUCUGCCUGCGCUGGCCUCAUUCCGUCCACCAGCUUGCUGAAAAGGAAGCAGAAAGAGUUAUGGUGGUCUCAGCCUUAUCAUCCUCACACUUGUGUCAAAACCUUGAGCACAGUGGAUGAAGAAGAUGACAUGAAUGCCAUAGAUGAAAAAUGUGUAGAAGCAGAUGAGGAGGCAUUUGAAUCUGAAGAGCUAAAGGAUGAGGAGAGUGAAUUCAGCACCAAUAUUGAAGGGAUUUACCUGACUGGUUUUCGACGAAGUCUGCGUCUCUGUCGCCAACGGAGAGGUCAGGCAUUUGGGACGUCCCAGUCCUGCACCCUACGCUGUCCCACGAACUGUUACAGUUCACUGGCCAAACCGUAUGAGGAGGUGGUGCGGUACCAGCACCAUCCAGAGCACCCACACCGCCUCAUAGCUCUGCUGGGUCCGUCUGGGGUCGGAGUAAAUGAGUUACGCAGGAGGCUAAUUGAGAUCAAUCCCAAGGUCUACCAAGGAGCCGUUCCCCAUACCACAAGGCCACCCAAAUGCCAUGAGGAAUCUGCCAGAGAAUAUCACUUUAUCAGCCGAGAGCAGUUUGACACCAUGGUCUGCAAUCACAGGUUUAUUGAGUUUGGGGAGUUGAGAGGUCAUCUCUAUGGCACUAGCGUGGAUGCGGUUAAAGAUGUUUUGGCGAGUGGGAAGAUCUGUGUGAUUGACAUUGAGCCAUAUGCAUUAGAGUCAGUGAGGACUGCGGAGCUGAGGGCGUAUGCCAUCUUUAUAAAGCCUCCUACUGUUGAGCAGAUGAAAUGCACACGAAUGAACUCGCAUAUCAUCACAAAUUACUACACCAGCCGACCUUUUAAGGAUGAAGAUUUUCAGGAGAUAGAAGAUGCAGGACGCAAUAUGGAACAGCAUUACUGUCAGUUCUUUGAUCAUGUGAUAGUAAACGACGGCCUGCAGGCCGCAUGUGUGCAGCUGCUGACCGCAGUGAGGAGAGCUCAGGAUGAACCACAGUGGGUACCGGCUGCAUGGAUCAGACCAACUGACCAGUCUUAAUAUGAAGAGCUCAGGGAUACUAUAGGAGAGCGGAUGGGCAUGAACAUGCAAAUAAACUUUCUUUUCAACUUUUUUUUGGGUGAGGAUAAUGUGUUUUGUCUGUAAAAUGUUCGUCUGAAUGCAAAAUAUGUUUACAUUUUUUCAGAUGUCAAUCUUUUCUUCGCCCUUGUGAAAAAAUAAAUAAAACCUAAACAUUUAUUAAGCUCUCCAAAAGAGAUUUGGUAUUUUUGAGCACUCUUAAUCCGUUUUAAACUGUAUUUGAUUGUGAGGAUUUUCAGGUCUGGAGUGACAAGGCGUUAAUCAGAAGAACUGAACUAAGGUCACUUGAGUUGAUGUGUUAAUGAAACAGUGGUAUUUGAAAGAAAUUA